AUGGCGGGAACCAGAACGCGAAAGGUUGAUGGUGCUCCUGCUACACAAUUUCCCGAAGGACGAGCUGGGAAGCGAUCCAGGAAGGAUUCACCUGGGCAGCCUCCAGGCCUUGAAGGUCAAUGCGCCAUCCCGUUGAAUUCUGGCCCUAUUGAGGCGACACCAGCCCACAAGUUCAUACAGAGAAUGACUUGCCAAUCGCUCAAGAAAAAUGGCGCGAAUAUUAUCCAGUGCCAAAGUUGCAUUGAGCGACGUAACGAUUCCGGAGGCUGUCGUUUCGCGGGAUUCCGAGCCUUCAAGCUUCUCAAUCCUGCCGAUGAUAUUGUAGCUGAUGUCACUCCAUCAGAGGACUCCAAGUUGGAUACCAACCGUCCCAGCAAGAAACGCAAAUUGAAUGGUCAUCCUCCACUGCCUCCAGGCUUGGAUUACCACAAUUACGCGCUGGUCGGUGACAGAAAACGUCAUGCCGUCGCAAAGCAGGAUGAGAACUGUCUCUUCUCCACUUCUGCUCCCUUGGGGAAGUCCCCAAAACCCUUAUCAGACACGGACGCAUACAUCAUGUCCAAAAUCACUCCAGCGCUCUGUAAAGCUCUGAAGCGAGAAUUACAACAUGAAGAACAAUCAAAGCAUCCAAUAAUUCGGAUCACAGAAGACCCAGCCCAAAGAAGCUUGUGUGAUUCCUGCGCUACAACCCUUUUCAUCGUCAGCUACGUCUGUCACGUUUGCGGGAGGGAGUAUUGCCCCGACUGUUACGAUGACUGGACCGAAAGCGGGAACAUAAGGUUUGAAACUUGUUCUCGCAACAAGAUGCACACAAAGGAGCAGCUGUUGGUUGCAGUUCGGGCCUGCGAGGGGGAGUUGAAGGCGAUCGUAGGGGAAAUACAAUUGUUUCUGGAUGGAUCAAAACAUCCAGAACAAUCGCAAAUAGGGGGUUUGGACCGUGGUAGCUACCCAGUUCGUGCUCUCCAAGACGAUAUGUUCGCCCCCGUUUUUGAGUUUACCGCAGAACUCUUCGACGAGGGGGCGUUCAAGGAUAUCUGGAGUAUGCACGGACGUCCAAUCAUCAUUAAAGACUGCCUCGACAGGUUCAACCUUCCAUGGGACCCUGAGUAUUUCAUUAAUAACCAUGGUCACGAAGACUGUACACUUGUCCAAACUUGCCCACCAUUCAAAAACUAUGUCACCAAAGUAGCCAGAUUCUUCGAGCAAUUCGGAAAACCACAUGUUACUGGAACUUCAAAUCCCAAGGGAGCACCAUCUAGUAGCUUCACCGAUGAAACAUUGAAGUUGAAGGACUGGCCACCAGCCGAUAACUUCGCGGACGUCUUUCCCGACCUCAUGGUCGAUUUCGAGCUUGCACUCCCCGAAGCUGUCGCACAACAUGUCAAACAUAACGGCGUUUACAACCUCGCCAGUCGAUUUCCGGAAGGGUACAACAAACCAGACCUUGGUCCGAAAAUGUACAAUGCCUUCCCCGCUACUGUUCAGAUGGACGGUCGAAUAGGUGGCACCACAAACCUUCAUCGUGAUAUCACCGAUGCCAUCAACUUCAUGAUGUACGCAACCUCCGUCGAUGAUGAUUUCGACGCCCCCGGUGCGAUCUGGGAUAUAUUCCCUAUCGGCGCUACGAAGAUUAUUCGUGACUAUCUUGACAAGCAAUUCCCUGGUCAACCGACAGACCCUUUUCAUCGCCAGAACUGCUAUUUAUCGCCCGAGGACCUUGAAAUCCUCUACACUGAGCACGGCGUCCAGUCUUACAGGAUCCUCCAACGCCCUGGCGAUGCGGUAAUGAUCCCUGCAGGGUGCGCACACCAGGUCAGGAACCUUAAGGAUUGCAUCAAAGUUGCAGUAGAUUUCCUAAGUCCCGAGAACGCAGAGAUUUGUGAGUAUUUACUCCAGGAAAAUAGGGCAAUUGCACAGAGGGCAAAUAGUUCGGUAGCCUUGGCUACUAAAAAGGGAAAGGAGUCGAAGAAGAUGAGUAGGGUUAAAAAGGAAGACGUCCUGCAGCUGUGGAAGUGUUUGAUGUAUUAUUACGAGGGGGUUAGAGGACAACUCUGGGCCGUUGAUCCUGAAGAUUUAGAGAAGGCGAAGAAGGAUCGCACGACUAAAAGUGAUAGGUUGGAUAUGGGGAACGUAGCUGGUACGAAUACUCCCACAGCCGAGAGUACCCUCUCGGGUGGAGAGAAAACCGACGAAGAUGUCCUUGACAUCAAUCCUCUAGAAACUGGCUCACGAAAGGAAAAUAAACCUGAUGAAAUCAUUGUCAUCACAUAG